CGCUCCGCCCCUCUGCUCAACAAAAAAUAGAGGUGCGCUUCGCCUGCAUUCACGCAACAGCCAGCCAGCCAGUGGGUGUGAGCGCGGGCCUGCCUGCCUGCCUGCCCGUGUGGAUGCAUGGCUGAGCCGUCCGCCUGUCCUUCCCGUCCGCGCCACAGCCACCCACCCACGCCCACACGCCCCAAAGAGUCAAAGGUUGCUCUCUUCCUUGCUUCCGCCGCGCGCGCGAGAUGGCUGCCUGCCUCCACUGCACGCCCACAGGCCCCCAAGGCCCCAAGACCUUUGAGCCAGCCAGUGGCCCUCCUGUUCGCGAGCCCCACUCCUUGGCCCCCCGUCAAGGUCCUCACACUCACCAGUCCCCUUCCGUUCCGGCUACCGGCAACCUUGGAAUCGGAAUCGCAAUCGGACCGGUCCCACCUAGAGCGGAGUCUGAUGGGACCAGAACGCAUGGGCCCACCCAGGUCGCGUAUCAAUCAGCCAAGCCUUAACCCCGCACUGGGAGAGAGCAGUGGCAGUCAGCGACACCAACUCCAUUACCGCCAUCGUCCGUCCUGGACUAUGGCAUCGUCUGCCAGUCGCUCUCCUCGCUGAGAACUGGUCACCCCGCCAUGUUCCGACGACCUCUUGCAACCUCU